GAGUUGGAUUGAACAUUUGAACCACGAAUUAAAUUAAAGAAAGCCAUACGCUAUAGUGCUAUACUGCUAUAGUACUACACGGCUAUUCGAAGCUUACCUUCUGUAGCGGCGUCUUUAUACGUCCUUAAUUGUUUAGGUUUUGUCUCCACCAUCGGAAAAUAGUCACUACUCGCUGCGUUAUUUAUUUAUCCUACAUUCAUAGUAGUCGUCAUAUACAAACAUGGCUAAAUUCGAUUUGACGAGUAAGAUGACCAAAUACCUGGACCGGCAUUUGGUCGCCCCGCUACUGGAGUUCUUGUGGGCGAAAAAGAUCUACAACGAGAAUGAAAUUUUGCAAGCUAAAUUGGACAUUCUUAAUAAAACAAACAUGAUGGAUUAUGUAAUUGAGAUUUACAAACAGUUGAAUCCUGAAAAAGAAGUACCAGAGGAAAUGAAAACGAGAAGAGAUCAAAUUGUAUCGCAGCUUAAUCAAUUUCAAAGUGAAGUUGAUGUUGUGAUGAAUUUACUCAAAGAUGAUAAAGUCAUGAAAAAUAUGGAAACUAUGAGGGAUCCUAAAACAUUGUCAACCUAUUUGACCAAUGAAUUCAACUUUAAAGUAGAAAUGAUGGAAAGUAUGUACAAAUUCGCGAAGUAUCAUUACGAUUGCGGAAAUUACGCUGGUACAACAAGUCACUUAUACUUUUAUUUAUUAGUUAUGUCGCCUUCUGAUAAGAACUACUUGAAUGUUCUUUGGGGAAAGUUAGCAUCUGAAAUUCUUAUUCAAAACUGGGAAACUGCUCUUGAAGAUUUAAACAAACUACGAGAGUACAUUGAUUCCAAUACAAAUGGUUCUCCAUUGCAUUUACUACAACAACGGACAUGGUUAAUUCACUGGAGUCUAUUUGUGUUUUUCAAUCAUGUUAAGGGACGUGACCUUAUUAUUGACAUGUUUCUGUACAGGCCAAACUAUUUAAAUGCUAUUCAAACCAUGUGCCCACACAUUCUUCGUUACUUGGCUACCGCAGUAAUCAUCAAUCGUUCAAGAAGAGCAGCUAUGAAGGAUCUUGUUAAGGUUAUUCAACAAGAAUCAUAUACCUACCGUGAUCCUAUAACUGAACUACUAGAAAAUCUCUACGUUAACUUUGAUUUUGAAGGAGCCAGAGACAAAUUACAUGAAUGCCAGAAUGUUCUUUUUAAUGAUUUCUUCUUGACUGCUUGCCUUGAUGAUUUUGUAGAAAAUGCUCGUUUGAUGAUUUUUGAAACUUUUUGUCGUAUACAUCAGUGCAUUAGUAUUGGUAUGUUAGCCGAGAAACUUAAUAUGAACCCAGAGGAGGCCGAAUGCUGGAUUGUUAACCUAAUCAGGAAUGCUAGGUUGGAUGCGAAAAUAGAUUCUAAACUAGGGCAUGUUGUAAUGGGAACACAACCUCUAUCCCCUUACCAACAGAUUUUAGAAAAAGUAGACACAUUAUCAGUGCGAUCAGAAGCACUACAACAACUUAUUGAAAGAAAAGUUAAAGCCAAAACUCAAGAACAAGAUCCACUUUGGUAUAAUCCUUAAAAAAAUGUUAACAAUUAUGAAGAAUUGUUUUUUUUUUCAAUAAAAAAAGAAUAUUAUUACUCAUGAAAUGUUAUUUUAUUUAUUUAUUUUUAUAAUUAAAUUAACAUUGAAUUUAUUUGCUGAAGUUUUUUGAGUUCCUAAAAACCCUCAAAUUAUACUUAAUUAUUAUUGAUGAUAUAAUAUCAUCAUUUAAGAUCGGUUGUCCAUGCUCCCUAGUAGUUGCGUAAAUCUUGAAUAUUGGGAGAUACCAAUUUUACUUUUUCUGUAUCCUUUUUUAAUCUUUGUGAGAUGCAUACUGAUGACGUCCAACAAAUUAAUAGAAG